CGGAAAUUUUGAGAUUUUUUUAGGGAGAAUCUGGUAACACUGUACAUCUGGUAACACUGUACAUUUACAUUGCAAAAAACCCUAAAACAAAGUUUUUAAACAAUUAAAAGCGAACAGUUUACGGCGUGUUAUUAGAGAACCAGCCCAGCGUUCGCCUCCCCACCGCAUCAGAGCGAGCGACCUUUCCGUUUCGCCGAGCAGCAUCGCCAGAAAAAGGGUCGUCGACGGCAGAGGGGCGCAGAGAGAAAAUGUCACGCAAAGCAGCAGCAGCAGCAGAAAAAGAGUGAAGAAAUAUCAGAAUCCAUCGGCGGUCGAGUCGAGCUCACCGAAAACAGUGCAGCCGGGGUGACGCUCCCUGGAAUGGUCCACAGCCAGUUGUAAUUCACAGGGACAGACACCUGCGAGCGCAAUGCGAACAACGCCAAUCCUGGACAGCCCUGCGAUUAAACUCAGUCCCCAGCGUUGGCUUGGAUGUCGUCGGUAAUUGGUGCUGCCUCAGUUGGGACCCUCCUCGCAAUCCGCUGGCACGAUGCAAAGCCUGGACUCCUCAUGCCAAGAAGCCGACUUUAUUAUAAAUGACACGCUCAAGAAGCUCAAGGGCUCCAACAAUGCUGACCAUGCCUCGGGAAUAGCGCACACUGUGGUCCAGGCUCACGGCUCGAGUGUCCACCAGCAGCAGUUCGUCCAGUUCCAGACAGCGUCUUCCCCCAACAAUCAGCUGCAGGCGCAGCAGACGCAGUCGUACCACCAUCUACACUCUGGGCUUCAGCAGCAGCAGUCUCCCGUCACGGUCACCUUUGCGACGACCAGCAAGUCGUACCUGGAGGCCAGCCUGCUACAGGCCAUACCACAGAUUCCUGCCCAACCGCCCAUCUGCAUCUUCGAUGACGACGACUCCCCCACCGAGGGGGUGGGGGCAGGGGGCUCCCUGGGCAUACUCACGGAGCCCACCUCGGCCACGCCCACCGGAUUGCCCACAGCGAUCGCUCCGUCGCCUUCGUCGUGCUCGUCAUCCACCACGACGCUGUCGAAUUUCAACUCGAUCACGUCACCCUCACCAGUGGUUCCCGACUUGCUUCUGUCCACGCCGCCUGGAGUCAACUCCAGCCUGAGCCUGAGUAGCAGCACGACAGGAGCGACUCCUGCCACAGCAGCAGCAACAUCUAGUAAGAAGUCGGAGAAGCGACCCUCCUCUGCAAACUCAUCAUCCGGUGGCGGCGGUCACCAUUCGCACCAUCAUCAUCUCCACCAGUCGCAUAACCACCACGUCCUGGCCUCGCCCACGUCGUCACCGAACAAGCGCCAAAAGUCCAACAGCAGUAGCAAGGAAUGCAGCUCUUCUAGUCGCAGCUCAGCUCUAUCCUCCGGCGCCAACGCGUUGUCGGUACAAACAGCGCGUUCCGGCACUGUCUCCUCCAAUAGCCACAUCAGUAGCGGUUCCUCGUCAAAGCCUCCCUCCUCGUCCGUCGGUCAGCCGAGCAGCAGCAGCAAGUUCUUUAACCUGCACGAGAAAAUAAGGGAUCUGUAUCUGCAGCUGCUCAGCAACGACCUGAACUACUUCGCCGAGACCGGGCUGAAACAGCGUACGCGCUCCUUCACCCUGGAGCGGCUGGUGGAGCGGGAGAAACUCAACACAAUCGUUGUCAACCUCUAUCCGGGUAACAAGGGAUAUUCCCUGGCCCUGCACUACGAUGAGCACCUGAUGCUGAACCCGCAAACAAACGAAUGGUCUGCCGCCGGCGCGAAGGAGGAGGGCCUCGGCGAGGGAGGACAGCGGAGCGGACGCAGCAAGGCGACGAGUGCCGACGAGAACCAAGCCAAGGCGGAAACCGCCCAGGCCAAGCAUGACUACGGUCUGGUGGAGGUGCUGCGCUGGCCCUACGAGAACGACCUAUUGCUGCAGUGCAUAGAUCGCGAGAUGCUACCCGAGUUUCUCAUGGAUCUGCUCAGCGCGGAGACUGUCAGUCUGUCGGACGGCGGCGAGGGGACACGGGUGUUCGUGAAGCCAAGCGUGUUCUACGCGGGCUGCGUCAUCGCGCAAAUCCGAGACUUCCGCCAGACAUUUGCCACCUCAACGAAUAUCUGUGAUAUGAAGCACAUCCUGCUCAGGCCCACGAACGCCACCCUCUUCGCGGAAGUGCAGCAAAUGGGCAGCCAGUUGCCGGCGGAGGACAAGCUCGCCUUGGAGAGUCAGUUAGUGCUGGCGACUGCGGAGCCGCUGUGCCUGGAGCCGGAUCCAAGCAUAGGAAGGCAGGCCAUCAACGCCCAGCACCAGCGGCAGCUCUUCAACUCGCACGAGCUGCGCCGUCAAAUGAAGAAGUUUACCCAGACGGCAAUCAAUCGGAAGCGCAAGCUCGACCAGUUUACACAUCACCAUGGCCUGGAGUUGUGCGACUACCUGGCCCGCCUCCGCCAACGACCGCGUGCGGGGAGCAGCAGCGGCGCAGGCACCGCCACACCCGCAACUGCGCCCACCAACAAUCCGCUGGUUGGAGCCAUGCUCUCCUCGUUCACCUCGAAGGUGCCACGGCGACCCCACGAGGUCAUCCGGCCCAUUCGACCGCCCUGCCUGGACUAUCCCGCCAAUCUCAAGGUGCCCGAGCACGUGAUCAGCGUGGAGAAGUACGCCAAGACCUUCGAGCCCCUGAACGAGUUCAGCGAGGCGUGCAAGGACGGCUGCCAGCCCAAUUGUCGGCACAACUUUCAACCGCAGCUCGUUGAGGAGUAUGUGCUCGAGACGGAGCGCGAGGCAACCGAAGGCCGGCGGGCGCUGUACCACAUCAAGCUGUCCAUCUUCCAGCGUCCGUCCGAUGCCGAAUACUUGGGCGAGCUCUAUGUGGACCGGGACUACAAGGAGGGCGAGCGCAAUGGAGAGUCGUGCCGCUUUGCCUUGGGAACGCGAGUCCAUGCCAACCGGUACAUUCAACAGUUCCGCGAGAUCUUCACUGAGGAGGGGCGCAAGGCGGUCAAGAUCACGCACUUAGUGCCCGGACAUGUGCCAAUUGUGACCCACACGGGGCUGACGAACGAGCAGCGGAUUAUUUUGCAGCAGCAGCAGCAACAGCAGCAGCAGCAGAGACAAGCUCAGUUGCAGCACCAACAACAGCAGCAGCAGCAGCACGUGGCUGUUGUGAGUAAUCCCCCGCAACAGCAACAACAGCAGCCACAGUCACAGCAACAGCAGCAGUUGCCCGCCACAGUGCACCAUGUGGCGCUUCCGCGUCAGCAAAUCAUGCAAAAGACUUUGAAUCUUGCCGGAGGCAAUGUCAUAAGCGUGCAGCAAAAUUUCCGGCAACAGCCAGCCCAGCAGCAGCAAACGUACACCAUUGAGGCAGGCCAGCAGCAAGCAGGCACACAAACUGCCCCGCAGCAGCAGCAGCACAUCCAGCUCCAACAGCUGGCCACCGGCCUCAGCAACUCCUCCACAACCACUCAUCAAGUGAGCCUGAGCAACGGUUCCCUGGUCCUAGUACAACAGCAGCCGCAGCAGCAGGUGGCGCAGGCCCUGCAGCACUCCGGCAUCACCAUCCAGCCGGCCACCAUUCAGCAGCAGGAGAAGGCUGCCCCGGUGGUGGGAGCGAAUUCCGCAUUGCGUGCCCAGCUCAACUCUAGCGGGCCAAUUCUGCAAUCGCAGCUGAAAGUUCAGCAGCCGCAGCAGCAGAUCAUGCCGAAGCAACAUCAGCAACAGACAACUGCCACUAGCAACACCAACAAUAAUACAACUACUACUAAUAAUAAUAACAAUAAUAAUAAUAGUAACAUGAACAAUAAUACGGCCAUACAUCCGAAUCCUGCUAUAAAUGCCAUAGUCAACAGCAUUAUGAACUCUGCCAACCAGUACCAGCAACAACAGCAGCAGCAGCAGCAACAACAGCAAUCGGGUAUCAGCAACAAUGCAGGAGCCUCGGGCGGCAACAAUGGAACCAGCACUGCCACGCUUAAAAACUCCAGCAACGCGUCGAUUCUGAACCUGCUCAACAGUGCGCCGGCCGCCAUGACCAGCACUCCGGUGGCCAGCGGCACUUUCACAUCCUCCACCACCGGGCAGCAGCAACAGCAGCCGCAGCAGACGCUGACCCUGGUGCAGCAGCAGCAGUCCACUCCCGCCACAGCCGAUGCAGCCACAGCCACAUACGUACAAGCCACCCGGGGCACGCCCACGCUGGUGAGUGCCCAGCGAAAGCAGCAGUCGAGCGAGGUGCUGCAGAACCUGCUGAACGCCAACAGAAAAAUAGGUGGUGGGACGACGACGUUUCGGACAAACUCUGCCGGCAAUUUGAUAGCAGUCAAUCUGAACCAAGCGGCGCAAUCGCACCACCAACAGGCGGCUGAUGGCGGGCAGACCGUCCGCGUGUCUAUGUCGGCGUUGGCCUCGCAGCUGGCCUCGCCGCCGGCGGUAAUGACGAAUCCAACCACCAGCUACACGGUGAUCUCUUCGGGCAAUAAUGCCGCCACGGCGGCGGCCUGGAUUCAGAGUCCCACUGGGCCAGUGCAGCAGCGCAUACUGAGCUCGCUGAGGAGGGACAGCACCACGGUGCCGCCCAACGCGAUUGUGGUGGGAAUGGCCGCACCAUCGCCGGGCAGCGACUCGAAUGCCUCAAAUGCGAGCGGAUUCGCGGUGCCCAACAACUUGGCAUCCACCUCAAGUGGUGGAAGUGGUGGCGGUGGAACCCUGUCCGCUCUGCUGACCAACGCAGCCACGCCCUCGCCGUCGGGAUCAGAUCACUCGCAAUCGUCGCAGACGCACCAGAAUCAGGCGCUGCUGGAACGUCUCAGCAAUGUGACCUCCAACGUGUCCGCAGUGUCUAUGCCACACAUGUCGCCGCAGCAACCAUCAGCUGCGCCGCAGUUCAUUACCAAAACCAUAGUCCACUCCCCCGCCACCUCCUCCAUACACUCGCCCAUGUCUAGUCCGCAUCCGCAGCCCUCUGCCUCGCCCCAACAGCAGCAGCAGCAACCGCAAACCACCGCCACUCUGAACCUGCAGGGCAUCAAUCUCUCGCAGCUGCAGGGGGCCAUGGCCAACUUUGCGGGCCUGCAAAAUGUCCAAGUGCAGAUCCCGGGAUUCACGCAACCCAUUUCCCUGCAGUUUUCGGGGAACAGCCUCCAGCAGCAGCCGCCGCAGCAGCAGCAGCAGGCGGGAAGCGUGACCCCGGGCACGGGCACCACGCAGGGUCACCAACGCAGCGUCCUUGUAUCGGUCCCGGUCUCCAGCCAUCAGCAGCAGCUGCCCCACACCAUAACGCUCCAAACCCAGCCGGCGACGCACCAGCACCAGCAGCAGCAGCAACACGCGCCACCCACUGGCACCAUCGUGAGUUUGCCCUCGACAGUGGCUGGUACCCAGACGGUGGUCAUCACCAACAACGGCGCCGGUGCUGCCGGUAGUGGGGCAAGUGGCAACGGUGGUAGCGGCGGCGGCGGCGGUGGAGGAGGAGCAGGCGCAGCCACCGCCAUGCUGACCCUUCCCAUUGCUCAAAUAGUCGGUGCGGGUGUCCAAAAACUAAAUCCUCAAACAAUACGUACCUCAGGUGUUGGUGGUGGUGUAGGGCAGGCCCAGUCGGGAGGCAGCAGCACGACGGCAGCCAUCCAGCUGGUGGGCACCAUACCGCCGCGUACCCGCAACGUCCAGGUGGUGGGCACCAAGCAAUUGGCGCCGAACAGACAGCUGAUCACCGCUCAGCGACAGAUAGGCGGCUCCACGCUCAAGAUAGCCACCACGCCCGUGAAUGCAGCUGCCAAUGUUGUAACUAGCAGCGCCAACUUGGGCGCCGCGUCCAUUGUGAUGUCUACUCAGAAGCUGCAACUGAAAACAGUGAAAGCGCCCAUGCAGCAGCAGCAGCAGCAGCAGUUGCAACAGCAACACCGAAUACUCAACCAACAGAGCACCGCCACGGUAUCGUCGCAGACUCUGCACAGCCCUAGCCAAGUGCAGAUGCAAGUGUCGCAGCAGCAGCAGCAGAUGCAGCACAUACAAAUCGCGGGACGGACCGCAACCGCUUCGGGUGCCAUCAGCCAGCGGACCCUGACGGCACUGGCGGCAGCCAAGCAGCAGCAGCAGCAACAACAGCAGCAGCAGGCUGCAGUCAAUCGCCGGCGCUCCACCACUGAUGCGACGAAGUAGGUGUGCCAUUUGCCAUAUGCGAAACGGGACUGAGUGUGCUACGCGAUGUGCAUUGCUUGAUAUUAUAGUUUAUGCAAAGACCCUAUAAUAACAAGAUGCGUAACGGCCAUGCAUUUGAAUGGCCAUGCCCAGGCAUUUUCUUUGCAGGCGACAAAUGUUCGUCCCUCUAGCUAGAUGAGAGCGCUUGAUCAAGCUGGUGCGCAGAGAUCUAGAACUCUCGUAGGCUGCAAAUAGGAGUGAGUCAGGCCUAGGGCUUUUGAACAAAACUUCAGGAGAUCGUGAAGGGAGUACAUCUUGUUAUUUUAGGGUCUUUUAUGGUUACCUCCUAUCAAUACUAUCGUACAUACAUUGUAUACCCCUAUACAUAGCUAUAUAUAUCUGUUUUGAUGUGUAAUCGUAAGUGUAAACUGCAGCAGCAUGGCGGCGAAAUAUGGCCCGAAAAGGAGUUCGCAUUGCUUGUGUUAACCGAACGAAUUAGGUGUAGUAGAGCUCCUACCAUACAUAUUUAUCUAGUUGUAUAUACACACACACACACAUAUAUGUACAGAUAUAUAUGAAAAUUGUUUCAAUUUGUCCUGCUGCCAAUCUGGCUCCCAACCUCCUUUCGUUAGGUCCUAAGAUCGGCCAGCAGCAGUGCUAAUUCGAAGCUGUCGGGCAAGUCGGGCGGCGAAAACAACAAAGCAAUAAUCGAGGAGAAGAAGGGAAAACAAAACACGUAAAUUAAUUGUAAAGAAAUUCUUAUUAUUACGAUUACGAUUUAGAAAGAGCAUGUGAACCAGGCUAGGGGUUCAUUUUAGUAAUUAAUCAUACGUAUAUUGUAACUAUAAAUUAAAACUAUUAUUGCUAAUUAUUUAAUCAGAGGAGGAGAACACACAUUUUAGCUUGUAAUGUACAAUUCAUAGCCUCAACCAAUUUAGUACUUCCAAUUGCAGAAACAUUAAAAGCCGAAAGCAAAACCAAUUAUGCAAAAGUCAACACUUAUUUAAACAACUUAUUCUUAAAUAGCGCAAUGUACAAUUAAACUAGAGACCGGAGACAGGAUCGGAGUCGCCGCCGAGUGAUUGUAGAGAGUGACGUGACGCUUUGUUUGACUAAAAAUUCGUUUUUCGACUACGCCAGUUUUGUAGGAUAAAGUUAAAUAUUUAUUUAAGCAACGAUUUUAUUUAUGUUAUACAACUUUGCUGUACUCGUUUGGCAUUGUUCGAUUCGAUUCGAUAAUUCUGCUGUAAAACCCAAAACGAACGCAAACUAACCUCACCAACAACCCGAUGUCCCCACAGUACCCGACACACUCAAGCAUAAUUUACUCAAUGUUAAUAUUAAAUAAUAAAUGUGAUUUAAGAAGAAUAAAACGAAGACAUUGCAGACCGUACAGUAAGCAGUAACCAGCACAGCGAACGAUCUAAAGUCAGAAUGGGAGAUGUUGCUCAAGCAGAGCGCAGCAAGGAACUGGUCUAGAAAACCUGAGUACGGAAGUUGUAUUUAACUUGAUAACGAUAUACGUGUGGUCUGAUCAAAUGGUUAUUGAAACGCAAUUCAAAGAUUUAUUACUGCAAUGCGGAGCAUCCGAGCAGCCGCAUAAGCUAUUUAUAUGUACAUGUAAACACGAAGCCACUAUUAAUAUAAAUGUGUAAUUUCCAUUGAACAACUUAACUGCUUAUCAAAAUACCUGACUGUAGAAACUUUUCAUUAAACUGAUAUCGAUGAAAACUCUGGAGACGAAACGAAGCGAAGCGGAAAUAAAACAAAUUACGACUAAACAAAAUGAAGAGCCGACAAAGUCAGCUAAAUCUCCGUUAAUCAAUAAAGUGUGAAAUCUAUACUAUAAAAACUUGGGCUAAA